AUUUUCUGUUUCUGUUUCCAAACAUGCUAGAAAGCGUACUUACUGAUCAAAAGGUCAUUUUAAUUUUUAAUCUAUUUGGAACAUUCUCAAAAUUGAUGACCCAACACAGUGGAAUUGAGAAUUAUGUUCAGGAUGCUUAGUCGCAUAAUCCUGAAUCGGUGCAUCUGUGCACGCAACUACGCGAAGGACGUAAGGUUCGGAAGGGAGGCCCGCAGCCUGCUCCUGCGGGGUGUGAAUAUUAUGGCCAAUGCUGUGGCCACCACCCUGGGACCGAGGGGCAGGAACGUGCUCAUUGAGCAGCUACUAAUCUCUCCGCGGAUCACCAAGGACGGCGCUACGGUUGCGAACAAUGUGCAGCUGAAGGACCGACGCUGGAACCUGGGCGCCCAGCUGCUUCGUCAGGCGACCAACGAUACCAAUAAUGAGGUGGGCAACGGCACGACCCUGGCCACGAUUCUGGCCCGCGGCAUGGCCUGUCAGGGCAUUCAGGCGACCCGCGCAGGUCAAGUCAACGUCCAGCUGCUGCGCGAGGGCAUUCUGGAGGGAUCUCGGGUGGUGUGCGAGGCCUUGAGCGAGAUGUCCGAGUCGGUGGUGAACAUCGGGCAGGUGGAGGCCGUGGCUAAGAUGGCUUUGAAUGGCAACGAGCGCCAGGCCGAGCUGAUUGGCGAUACGAUCCUGGAGCUAGGCGAGGACGGAGUCAUCCUUCUGAAGGAGUCGCACGGCAGCGAAGACGAGGUUAAGAUUCAGGAGGGCGUGUGUCUGCCCACCGGAUACUGUUCGCCCUUCUUUGCAAUGUCGGCUAAUGGCGAUACCCUUGAACUGGGCAACUGCCUACUGUUGCUCACGUUGGCCAAGAUAGAUGAGGUUAGCCAGAUUCUGCCAGCCUUGGAGAUGGCCAAGGUUAGGCAGCAGCCUCUCCUGAUUAUAGCCCCGCACUUCGCCAGCGAGGUGCUGAGGGUUCUGGUCCACAACCUCCUGCAGGGUCGUGUUCAGGUGUGUGCCGUUAAGGCCCCCGGGUUCGGCGAGGAGCAGCGAGAGCAGAUGCGAGAUCUGGCCGUGGCGAUGGGUGCCAAUCUGCUGGAGGACGCCACCUGGCUGGCAAAGCUCACAGAAGAGGACCUUGGGGAGGUUGUCUCCGCGAUCGUAGAUGCAAAGAAAACGCACAUUCUGGAGCCGAUUAACGCAAAAGAGGAAGAUAUGGAGGGCCGGAUCGAGCAUAUCCGUGAGCUAAUCGAGGAGGCCGUCACAGACCAGGAACUAAACCAGCUAAACACGCGUUUGGGCCGCCUGCAGGGCCAUCUGGCCACCAUCUAUGUGGGCGGGAGCUCUGAGCUGGAAGUAACCGAGCGGAAGGAUCGCUUCAAGAACGCCCUGCUAGCAGUUCGAGGGGCCAUUCGAGAUGGCGUUGUUCCCGGUGGCGGUUGCGCCUACCUUCGCUGCAUUCCCGCCCUCCAAAAGCUGCCAUCGGCGCAAGUGCCGGAGCAUCAGAUGGGCAGGGAGAUCGUAAGGGACGCGCUGCGCUUGCCCUGCUACACGAUUGCCCUCAACGCGGGGGCGGAUCCCGACGAAGUUGUCCGGAGAGUGCUCGCCGGAAGUGGAACCUUUGGGUUCGAUGCGGCCAACGGGGAUUUCUGCGAUCUUGCUGCCCGCGGGAUUGUCGAUCCCACAAACGUGCUGCAAGCCGCCGUCGGCGUUGCGGCGGGAAUAGCCUCCCUGCUGGCCACCACCGAGGUGCUCAUCACCGAACAACCAGUCAAGCGCAAAAUACCGAAAAAUCAAGUUACUCGGGAUCUGGCAAAACUUGUUGGAAUGUAAAUAGUUGGUGGCAAGCCUUAUAUCUGUACAAUUUCAAAUUAUGUGGUCAACUGUUUCUAGAAUUUUUUUUAGUUCAUGGCGUCGCGACGUUAAUAAAGUAGUGCAAAUAUAA